AUGCAGGAGAAUGAUGCAAAGAGCAACAAGCAGAUGGUUUACUGUCCGCUACAGUGUCCAAAAGCUGACUCUGCUUAUGUUUCGCUGAAACGACCAUCGAACAACAACAACUGCGUUUCGUUCUUCAGCUAUAAUGUGGUAAAACGGCAAAAUGACUGGUUCUUAUGGAGAUCUGGAAAGUGUCUUCAAGAAGAAAUUCAAUUCGAUAUCGGUUGUACAUUCCCAUUUAAAAAACCCAUAUCGAAACGCAAAGCAAACGCUAAAUUCAACAGUCAGAAGAGUUCUUAA